CUGCCGCUGCAGACCAUGGCACCUUGGCUCCAGUUCAGCUCCUUUUUCUUCACUCUGAUCGCCUGCUUCAAGGGUCACCAGCUAGCUGGGGCUGCUGGAGGACCCAGCAGCAGGCGGGGGCCCGCGGCCGACACGUGUGGAUGGAGGGUGCUGCUACCAGUCAGCAAGAACGGUGGAAUGCUUAAUAUCACCUUUAAAUAUGACAAUUGCACUCCUUAUUUGAAUUCAGUGGGAAAACACGUGAUUGGAGAUGUGCAAAAUAUAACAAUCAGCCAGUAUGCAUGUUCUGAACAAGUUGCAGUGACAAUAAUUUGGACGGCAAAUGUACUUGGGAUUGAAUUCCUGAAAGGAUUUCGAGUAAUACUUGAGGAGUUAAAAUCAGAGGGAAGACAGUGUCAGCAAAUGGUUUUAAAAGACCCAAAGCAGCUCAACUCUGGUUUUAAAAGAACUGGAAUGGAAUCUCAGCCUUUUUUGAAUCUGAAAUUUGAAACUGAUUAUUUUGUAAAGAUUGUUCCUUUUCCUUCCAUUAAAAAUGAAAGUAAUUACCACCCAUUUUUCUUCAGAACCCGACCAUGUGAAUUGUUGCUACAGCCAGAAAACCUUGCCUGCAAACCUUUCUGGAAGCCCAGGAAUCUGAAUAUUACCCAGCAAGGUUUUAACAUGCAAGUGUCUUUUGAUCACGCACCUCACAACUUUGGCUUUAAAUAUUACUAUCUUCACUACAAACUUAAGGAUGAAGGAUCCUUUAAACAAAAGACCUGCAGACAAGAACAAAACACGGAUAUCACAAGUUGUGUUCUUCAGAAUAUAGCUCCAGGGGAUUAUAUCAUUGAGCUGGUUGAUGACACUAACGCAACAAGGAAAACAAUGCACUAUGCACUAAAACCAGUACAUUCCCCGUGGGCUGGACCAAUAAGGGCCAUUGCCAUUACCGUUCCCUUAGUUGUCAUCUCAGCAUUUGCAACGCUUUUCACAGUGAUGUGCCGUAAAAAACAACAAGAAAAUAUAUAUUCCCAUUUAGAUGAGGAGAGCUCGGAAUCUUCUACAUAUGCUGCAGCGCUCCAUGUGGAAAGGCUCCGUCCCCGGCCAAAAGUGUUCAUCUGCUAUUCCAGUAAAGAUUGCCAGAAACACAUAAAUGUCAUUCAGUGCUUUGCUUAUUUUCUUCAGGACUUCUGUGGCUGUGAGGUUGCUCUGGAUAUAUGGGAAGAUUUUAAAAAUUGUAAGGAAGGGCAGAAAGAGUGGCUUAUUCAAAAAAUCAACGAGUCCCAAUUUAUCAUCAUUGUAUGUUCCAAGGGAAUGAAAUACUUUGUGGAAAAAAAGAACUGGAAGCACAAGGGAGCAACCAGAGAUGCUGAGAAAGGAGAACUCUUUCUGCUUGCCAUAUCUAUCAUCGCAGAGAAGCUGCGUCAGGCAAAGCAGAAUUCAGAUGACCUCUGCAAGUUCAUUGCAGUCUACUUUGACUAUUCCUGUGAGGGUGACAUUCCUGGCAUUGUGGAUCUAAGUACAAAGUACAAGCUCAUGGAUAACCUCCCUCAGCUUUACUCUCACUUACACUCCAGAGAUCUGAGCCUUCAGGAUUCAGAGUUGUACCCUGUAAAUAUUAGCAAAAGAAACUACUUCAGGAGCAAAACUGGCCGGUCCCUUUAUGUUGCCAUUUGCAAUAUGCACCAGUUCAUUGAGCAGGAGCCUGACUGGUUUGAGAAACAACUCAUUCCUUUUCCUCAACCUCCUUUACAUUACCAAGAACCUGUGUUGGAAAAAUUUGACUCAGGCUUGGUUUUAAAUGACUUAGUGAGUAAACAGGUGACUGAUGGGGAUUUCUACCUGAAAACAGAUGUAAAUAUUAUCCCUGCUGUAAAUUCAGACUCUCACUGUAUAAUUCAGCACUUUAACCUUGGAGAAGAUGCAGAGACUCAGGACAUUCAAGUUGGUAGCUCUGUUCUUCAGCCAUUGUUGCAUGUUGUAAAAGCUGCCAAUCUUCCAGAUAUGCCUCGGGAUUCAGGAAUCUAUGAUUCUUCUGUUCCUUCAUCUGAGUUAUCUCUACCUUUAAUGGAAGGACUUUUGACAGACCAAACUGAAACCUCUUCCAUUACGGAGAGUGUCUCUUCAUCUUCGGGUUUAGGAGAAGAAGAACCCCCUGUGCUCACUGCUACAAAAUGCCUAGUCCCUGGAAUAUGUAAAGCAGAACUUCAUUGCCACAUCCAUACCGAUGAACUGCAGGCAAUUGCACCUUUAUAAUGUCUUACAAGAUUGUUAAGCAUUGCCACUUUAUCAAUAGGCUCUGUUUGUGUGUUAACCAUCACAUCACCCCCCAACUGCUAAAACUUCUUGAAGGAACAAAUGCUUCCUUGAAGGAUAUCUGUUAUUCCUAAGGGAAUUGGUGGCCAGUAGACGAUUACCUGUAAAUCUCUUUAUAGGCUCUUUUCUGAUCUAAAAAUGUAGCAUUGAAAAAGAUGAAGGUACACUUUGAAAUUACCAUCUUAAAUUGCAUGUUGAAAUUAUACUCUUUACAGAUAUCACAAUCCAAAAUCACUUCUGAUGUUUUUAUUAGAAAUAUUUUUGACUGAACAUACAACAGCUAGUCACUUUUGGCUUGGAUCGUUAACCAUCUCAAUGGUACAGCAUGUUUUGCAGCAGAAAUUAUGGUUUUAAAUGCUGAAAUAUUUGAUAGUAUGAGUAUUUUAGUGAUGAUCAGUGGGAUUUUUGUGACAGGAGUCAUGGUCAUAAAAUGCCAAAGGCCAGACCUAGUAAAUCUCCAUUAGACAAAUAUUCCUUUAGCAAACAUUUAAGCAUUUUUUUCAACCCUGUCCCUCCAAAAAUUUUAUCUAGUCCAGUGCAUUCCAGUGGAAGGUAAAAGCAUGUGUCCUGUCCCCCACAGCUCCAUCUCUAUCCAUAUUUUGACACAUAUUGUGCCAUUCUGUCAUUUCAGCUCCAGGAUGGUACAAUGCAAGGCUAUAGGACACACAUGUUUAUUGGAUUUCCUGAUGUCCAUUUCAAGGUUAAUUGUUUUUUGUGGAAACCUAUCUUCAGACUUAGUUUCUUUUAAAUGGUCUUAGUUCUGUCUGAUUUUGUGGACGAUAAAAUUCCUGUUCCCUAUGUGUUUCCCACAUUGAGCUCAUUGCAGUAUCAGGAACUUGAUUUAGGAAUAUUCUGUUUUAGAAUGCCGCAGCCUGUGCGGGGUGAACAUUGCAACAGAUGCAGUAAGUGAAGCUUCUUGCUAGCCUAUCCAGAGCUAGGGUAAUUAUUUCUAUUUUUUAAAAAUUCUAUUCUUGACAAGCUGGCUACGAUAUCUCACAAAUAAGGCCAUGGUGAACCAUAUCACUUAUAUAAUUUAAAAAAAUCCUAUAUACCUCUAUAGAAUGAUGCAGUGGAAAGUGAAUCUCCUAUCGUCUUCCUGGAUGGGUUGGUGGGAGAAAGGAUGUAGAGAGUAAUGGAGAAAGGGUCACCAAAUCUUGUCUUUGUAUGGGCCUGAGGACAGCCCUAAUAGAGUUCGUGCUUGUUGUAGAAAGUAUGUAAACUCCAAGUUUCCCCAUAAAACUGUGCUUCACAUCCAUUUGGAAUAUAGGAAUUUACAGCAGGCAGUGAGUGACUGGCCAUCUGCACAUCUUUGUAUUGAGCAGCCACAAGGCAAAUGUGUAUUGGUUAUUUUGAAGUUCCCAGUACUGAAAAUCCUAGUGAAUGGGAUAAAUAUUCAUUUUAAACUCAUGUUAUAUUAAGCAUAAUUCUAACUACAGACACCCUAUAAUGCAUCUGGCCACAUUUGUCUGAAGACAAAUAGCAUGAAGUUCCUUCUCUUGCAAUGAUGAUUUAGGUAUAUCUUCAUGUGAGAGACCCCUACUGCUUCCAGACAGCAAUUCCUCAUAAGCAAAAUAAAAUUUUAAUACCUCCAAAUCUUGCCACUGUAAAUAAUAAUAAAGGAUGUCCUGUCUGGCUACCUGUGCCAAAUUUACUAAUCUGGGAUCUAAACUGUACCCUGUCCAAUCCCAUUGAUUUGGGGUUGCAUUGGGUGUUAAUCAGGGUGUAAUAAUAGUUCUAGCUGUCCAUAGCUGUCAAAAACCUUUCUGUAAGUGGAACUUUCUCAGUCCUGAGUUUGUUCAUUUUAAUCUUAACUGCUGAGUUUUGAUACGAUUCUCAACAGGUAUCUGAGUAGUUUAAUCAUAUUUAAAUGUAAUAAUUGGCAGCAGAAUCCAGCACACUUCAUAACUGUGGUACAAAACAAUAGAAUGAGGAAGAUACAUACACCAGUAUUUAUGCUUUAUGAUGGAGCUUUACUUCUACUAAUGUAAAACUCUUCAGCUAUUUUUCACUGUAAUUUUUCUGCUAAACUCAAAGUGAAUGCCACAAGCUCAAAAUGUCACAAGGAUCUUAGUUAAUUCUAAAUAGUGUGCAAAUGAUCUGAAAGCAUAGAAACAACUACAGAAGAUUUUUAUAUAUUGUGCCUUGGGUUGUACUGAAAGCAAAAUUCUUACAGUUGCCCCAUUUUUUGGAAGUUUAAAAACACUUGGGUCAAAUUAGAUAGCAUCAUUUAAGAGCAAUUCCUGCCCUACCACCUGCAGGUGUGGAGGACCCUGACUCAGUGGGGUUUGUGCAGUUCCAUUGCAGAAAGAAGCGAAGACUGGAUGCCUGGACACCAGGCAGGAGGUUUGAUUGGAUGCCAGGCAGGAGGUUUUCACCUGCUAUGUGCAGCAAAGCUGAGCUCUACAGGAAGGUGGCUGGACAAGUCACAGCCUAUUACUGUGUGCAGGACUAAAGAUUUGGGUGAAUUCCUGGCUCCAUUGAAAUCAAUGGCAGAAUUCCCAAUAAAUUCAGUAAGGCCAGGAUUUCAUUUUUAAAUAUGGAUUGAUGAAUCCAUUGCAAACUAACAUUAGUGUUUUCUUACUUAUAAAUUUGGUGCACAAUCCUGCUAAUCUUAACUGAGUCUUGAAGUUAUAGAUAGUCUGGGGAGAUACCACAAUCAAAUUAAUUUUAGUCAAAUAUAUUUUUCUCCACCAGGCAGUGGAUGGAAGCCUAAUUUUGAACGCCUUUGGGGGGAAAAGAACAGAAGUCAUUGUAGGCUUUGUGUAGAGACUGUAGAAAAUAGCAGACCACUUUGGAUUUUUAUUUUAAUGGAAUGGAAUUAUAAAAUGGAAGGAAAUAAUGUUUAAUUUACUUUAGUGAUUUUUUGACAAAGUUAGCCACUCUGAUUUUUAAAUUCAGAAAAAUUGCAUACAUAUUUUGGGGGAUAGAGGAGGGGAGUUACUACUGAAUUUGCAAGAAUUCUGUUUUUUUCCCUUAAGAGGCCACGAGCAAAAGCUCUUGUAAAAAAUUUUUUAAAAACCAAAUAUGUUGAUAUACAUUUUAGAGAUUAGUUUUCUACUAUUUUCAUGUGUGAGUAAAAUCUAAACAGAAUGUAAAUGGUGAAAUAAUCCCUCUUGUUACUACUAGAGUCUACAAAUGUGUUGAAAUGUGAUCAUUUUGAUGUGUUUAUAAGAUAUAUGUUUCUCUGAGGAUGAAAAAAUAGCGGAAAGCUAAGGAUGCAAGAUGUAGCUGUAUGUUCAAUAUUUACAUUGAUAAAUAUAGUUUCCGUAUUUUGUACCUGUAUAUAAACUGUUGACAGUAGACAGCAGCUGAUAUUUGCAGAAAUUUUUUUAUGGUACCAUAAUUUAGAAGUUACACAUCAAAAUAAAGAGUCAUAAGGCAUGGUCCUGUUACUUUUUAAUUUUGUAUAAUUAGCAUGUUUUUUUUCUUUUUUAGCUAAAUGUAGUGUAAGCAAACAUACCAUUUCACUAUGCUUCUAUUAGCAGGUUAAUAGUACUCAAUCUGAGAUUUCUGCCUAAUUAUUUUUAUUCCUCUUCAUAUGUCACAUUUAGGAGAUAAACUGAUAUGUAUUCAGGGACUUUUAAUAUCAAACAGCUGUAAAAAAAAUAGUUGUCUACAAGUUCUGUAUAGAAAGAUGGCUUCUGUUAAUUUUUGAAGUAAGACUCCUUGAGUGCAGUAAUUGUAAUUAUUCUCCCUGUACAUUACCAGAAGGUCCCACAAUGAUACAUGAUUCUGUAUGUCAAGUGAAGUUUAAUUACAUCAUCCAGAAAAUAUGUGAUAGUUUGGACUGAAUGAGUUUGAUUCAGAAGAAGUGAAAAUGAUCUAAUUUUUAUUUAGCCUCUUUUUCAUCCAAAUGGAUUCCAAGCACUUGUCUAAUGUAUUCUGCAAAUUAUUCCCCCUAAAUAAAGACUACUCAGGUAAGUCAGGGUUUUUGGAAUGGACUCAUACACAGUAUGACCCUGUCUAGUCGAGAAAAUUAUGUACGAAUAUAUAAGGGAUGUGUUAAGUAUUACUUGUUUAAUUAGAGAAUUGAAUUGCUUGUAACUAUACUGAAUAAGCACAAACAGUUAAUUGUCCACGCUAGCCAGGCUGAAUGAGUUUAAGUUUUGCAUUCACAGUGUUGCCAUCUUAAAUUUUUCAUUUGCAACGUGUCUGGACAUCUGUCCCAAAAUUCCUGGGUUGUCUGCUGUAACAGUGUAUUCUGGGAGAUUUUU